CAGUUUCAGAUGCAAAAAUGCCCAACGGGGAUAUUACGGGACCGGACGGGGGUGUCACUCUCUGCGACCAGAUGGAGGUGUUUUCCGGCCGGUUAGCAGGUCAGACACUCGGUUUUUGCGACAUGGAUUGCAAGGAAGUGAAAGUAGCCAAUGGUGGUUAUUUGCACAUGGGGAACACCGACUCUGAUUAUUUCCCUGAAGACAACAGGGACCUGCAUUGCGAUAGGGAUGCAAAGGAGGAUUUAAAUGGACCCGAGUCAGGUUUAUGUGCCAGAAGCUGCAGCAGCGGCGUGUCGGUCGCAGAGUGCCCGGGGGAGGAUGCACCAUCUGCGGCCGAGCUCCCGCAAUCCCUCGCUCCAUCUGCUCCGGCCGAGGGCUCCCCCAUCCCGGGAUUAAGUGCCAAACUCCCCUCGCCUUGCCCGUCAACCUUCUCCAACCUCACCAGUGACACUGAGCCCAGCACCAGGGAGGAGGAGGAAGAGGAGGAGGAGGAGGAGGAGGGGGGAUUCAGUGACUUGAGUUUGCCCGCCAGGCCGCAGACUUUGAGGACUAACCCAAACGUCGCAUUUUCACUCAGCUGCGAUGCCACCCCGUUGUCCCCCGACGGGGAGGGGGGCUUUUAUUUUGCAGACGAGGGGUACGAGGAGGACUUCCGGAGCUCUCUGGAAGUGGGUCGCCGGCAGAGCGCCCCGGACAAGCUGCCAGACCUGACGGGACAGCAAGACAACUCAGACCACAAGCUGAUGCCAAAGAGGUUUGGCAUUGCUGAUUUCUUCACCAGGAGCCUGUUUUCUAGGAAAUCCAAAGAGCCUAAGGCGCCGUCCCACAAUGCAACGGGCUGGCGAUUAUUUGGCAAGGCUGCAGGCAGAGAGAAUGACGCAGCUAAAGACCCUGCCUCAUCAACACAGCAGGAGGAGCAGGUGAAGGGCUCGGACGCGGCGGCGUGCCCGCAGCAGCGCCCCCUGUCUGCCGGGAGGAGGAAGAACCUGGAGUUCGAGCCUCUGUCCACCACGGCGCUCAUCCUGGAGGACCGGCCGGCGAACCUGCCGGCGAAAUCCCAGGAGGAAACCCAGAGACACAAACUGGAGUACGAGGAGAUGGUGGCCGGAGCCAAGAGGAGAGAGCUGAAGGAGGCGCAGAAGAAGAAGCGUCAGAUGAAGGAGAGGCUGAGGCAGGAGGAGAGCAUCUCUCACGCCAUGGUCAUCUGGAACAACGACAUCCUGCCGCACUGGGACACCAUGAAGGGCACACGGCGGGUCAGGGAGCUGUGGUGGCAGGGUCUCCCUCCCAGUGUCAGAGGAAGAGUGUGGAGCCUCGCUAUCGGCAAUGAGCUCAACAUCACACCAGAGCUCUAUGAGAUCUUCCUGUCCAGAGCGAAGGAGAAGUGGAGGAGCUACAGUGAGACCAGCUCAGUCAACGACAGCGAGAGCGACUGCGGAGCCUCCCUGGCUGACAGAGAGUCCAGCCUGGAUCUCAUCAAACUGGACAUUUCCAGAACCUUCCCCUCCCUCUUCAUCUUCCAGAAGGGCGGUCCCUAUCAUGACCUCCUCCACAGUGUGCUGGGGGCUUACACCUGCUACAGGCCUGACAUCGGCUACGUGCAGGGCAUGUCGUUCAUCGCCGCCGUGCUGAUCCUGAACCUGGAGGAGGCCGAAGCCUUCAUCACCUUCGCCAACCUGCUCAACAAACCCUGUCAGAUGGCCUUCUUCAGGGUGGACCACGAGCUGAUGUUGAAGUAUUUCGCAGCCUUUGAGGUUUUCUUCGAGGAGAACCUGCCUCGUCUCUUCAGCCACUUCCAGACCAACAGCCUGACCCCUGACCUCUACCUGAUCGACUGGAUCUUCACGCUGUACAGUAAGUCCCUCCCUCUGGACGUGGCGUGCCGCGUGUGGGACGUCUUCUGCCGGGACGGGGAGGAGAGCCUGUUCCGGACGGGGCUGGGCAUCCUGCGGCUGUACGAGGACGUCCUGCUGCAGAUGGACUUCAUCCACAUCGCCCAGUUCCUGACGCGGCUGCCCGAGGACCUGCCGGCGCACACGCUCUUCACGGCCAUGGCCAGCACACACAUGGUCAGCAGGAACCGCCGCUGGGCUCAGGUGUUCUCUGCGGUGAUAAAAGACGGAAAUAAGGAAUCGGACAAAAACAGCAGCCCGGCUUUGAGAAGCUAACGCUAGCUAACCUUGAAGCUAAAGGCCCUCUUGCUUGAAACUAAUGUCAAAGGCUAGCCAUGAAGGUUGAGGCUGUAGCGCUAGCUUCUCCAUGAACUUGAGCGGCGGAGCCACGCCGGCGUCGGAGCUCAGAUCAUCCGAGACGAGCCGUGAAGCUCGAAGCUACGCGGCGCUGAAGCUGAACAUGGCUAGCCUUUAGGUUAGAGUCUCUGUUGAGAUGCUAGCCACAAAGCCUGAAGCGAACGCAAGCCGGCCGCGAGGGUUAGCGCUAACGUCAGAGGCUAGCGAGCCGGCUAGCUGGUUUACAAAGCCCCGGCCCCCGGCCCCGCAGGAGGCCGGCCGGCCGCCUGUGUGAGCCUCCGGCUUGUGGAGGGAGGUGAAGUUGCUCCAGUGUUUAUUACGAUGUGGGUCGGGACCAAAAGGGGUUUCAUUCUUAAAAUCUAACAGGCAUUUCCAGUAUUUCCCCAGACCAGUUCACACGUCGGAACAGAGACUGGUCCUUUUCCUUUUCAAACUGUUUUCCACCAGAGCUGUGUUGGCUGUCGAUCAGAGCUCCACAUGAUGCCAUGUGAUGUUUCCCACAGCGACUGGGGCAGUAAACGCACCAGUAACCCCGCUGGCUGCUCCAGUCAGGACAUGAACUGGGUUUUCAGACCAGUUUCAGGUGGAUCCACCUGACAGGAGUAUCAGUCUGUUCAUCAGACUCAGAUCGGGGUGUUAGCCUCCACAGCUCGUCUUCACGACACUAACCCAGAGCGCUUUGUCCACUUUCAAUCUCACAGACUCUAAUUCUGAUUGACGGUGCUAACGUUUUUCUCAAACUUUAAAAAAUAACCCUAACGCUUUAAUGAUUAGAUCCUUGUAGUUUUCAUUUCAUUUUUUUUUUUUUGUGUUUCAAUCUUGUACCAAG